AUGACCAAACGUGAGCAGGAGUCCCAGCAUCAUUAUUCACAUUCGAAACGUCGGCGGAAACAAGGUCCAAGAGUUGGUAGUGCACACCAACGACAUACGCGUAAGAUCGUUCAUGCACUCGAUUAUCCACGCUGUGGCGGCGUGUUCAUGUCGUGUGCCCGUGGGAAGGAACGAAAAGCUGCAUCUGAACUCAUUGAAGUUAUGGAAGAAAAAGCUCAAUGCAUGUACGGUGACGUAGACGAAGAGGAUAUGGACUCUUUGCGAAAUGGGCCUGCGCCUGCGACUCGCGCUAAAGGUGCGGCCACUCCAACCUCAGUGAAUUCCUCAUCAGAUAUUGAGACACAAAUCCAGCAGGAGCUACAAGCGCUACGCUCGACGCCAUCAUUGUCGCGUUUUACUGCCUUGGACACCGAUACAGAAUGCUGUAUGUCUUUCCGAGUUCUUGUUUCUUACAUGCAGUAUGCUUUAUCCAGUGUCUACCACCAGUUGAUCCGUAUCGGCUAA